GAAACUCUCUUUUUCCUUUUCAGUCCCGAUUAUUGUUGAAAGGAGGCGGUGCGUAAAAUGUAUGAGAAACAUGUGUCGAGUCUCUUUCUUUGACAAGAUAUGAAGCAAGGCGCAGAGCAUUGUGGCCACAAGAGAUGGGGAGAAACUUAGGGCUCCGACACUCGUCCCGUUGGCCUGGAGAAAAAUAAAAGAUAAACUCAGAGACGCAGGGGGCAGGAAAAGAAAACAGAAACGCAUGCGUCAGCAGGUUUUUGCGACUGCCGGGGGCACUGUCACUCGAAACCUGAACUUUGAUUCGUAACCACAAAAGAGUUGCUGCGCGAGUCGCCGGAUUUGGGCCCUCGAGCGAUCCAGGAGCGCAAAGGCUCGUGGACAUCCUAGAUUCGCCGCACUGAUGCAGAUGGAGACCUGGACAGGUGGACUCAACUUCUGCGCUAAUGAGAAUCACAGGAAGCGUCAAUGCCCCGUAGCGACUUGCCAUAUCCGUUCAUUCCCUCCUCGGCUCGUGACGCACGGCGAGAGUCGCAAGGUAUCAAUGCCCCGCAGCCUGCCUCGAUAUCCGUCCCGCCGAGCUGAGGUCCUGCAGCGGGGCUCGUGUCGGCGACUUGCGUGGAGAAUCUCCGGCCCUCCCCCUCGUACGGCUCGCGACUCUUUUUCGGAUACGCAUCGUUGUGUACGGUCGGUCCCUAACGAAUUGCUUGAGGCUGAACGGCGUACGUACCGGAAUCCAGCGGUGGAAGCCAAGGAUUUAUUCUGUCGACGGAUUCUCCAGUGAAGGAAAUACUGGACUGGACGUACGUCCAGACAUGACGCCGAAGCAGAUAUAGGAUCGGGGAUGGGCAAAUAGUAUCCUUCUGACGCCUUUGGGUUGACGUACGUUGGCCGAUGUACGUUGCACUUGAAGCUCCUUGGUAUUCCAUCGAUUUCAUGCCCAUCAUUCAUCUCACAUGCUUUAUGACAUCAAUUUAACAUCAUGCAGAAACAUGUAACAUGCAUUACAUAUUUUGUAAUUACUACUAUGUAUGAAUCAUCUUCAUCGAAUGUAUUUGAC